AUGGCUAAAACAAGCACAACCCAUAGGCUCGCUCAGCUGAGAGCUCUGAUGAAGGAGCAUAACGUUCAGAUUUAUGUCGUACCGUCGGAAGAUAGCCAUAGUUCCGAGUAUAUUGCCUCCUGUGACGCUCGGCGCGAGUUCAUCAGCGGAUUCACAGGCUCUGCUGGGUGCGCCGUCAUCACAGAAACCGCUGCAGCUCUCGCGACCGAUGGACGAUACUUCAACCAAGCUACUCAACAACUGGAUGAAAAUUGGACACUAUUGAAGCAGGGGCUCCAAGAUGUUCCCACCUGGCAAGAGUGGGCAGCCGAGCAGUCUGCUGGAGGAAAGUCUGUUGCCGUAGACUCAACUCUGGUCACGGGCUCUGCAGCAAAGAAGCUUGCAGAAAAGAUUCGCAAAAGCGGCGGCUCUGACUUGGUUCCCCUUGACGUCAACUUGGUGGAUAAGGUCUGGGCCGACAGCAGACCAGCCAGACCCCAGCAAGGCAUCAGAGUUCUCUCCGAGAAAUUUGCCGGCAAAUCAGUUAAGAGCAAACUAGCGGACCUCCAAGCAGAGCUUGAGAAGAAGCGAUCUCCCGGUGUGUUCAUCUCGAUGCUUGACGAGGUGGCGUGGCUAUUCAAUUUGCGCGGCAACGACAUCCCCUACAACCCGGUCUUCUUCUCGUAUGCCGUAAUCACGCCAAAGGGAGCGGCUUUAUACGUGGACGAGUCUAAGCUGGACCAAGACUGCCGAGCGCAUUUGGCCAAGUAUGAAGUUGCCGUCAAGCCAUACGAGACUUUCUUCCGUGAUGCGGAACAGCUCCAUGCACAAUUUGUCGCUUCUACUGAGAAGGAAGGUGGCGCCCCCGCGGGUAGCUUUCUCAUGUCUAACAAAGGAUCUUGGGCCCUGAAGAGAGCACUGGGUGGAGAUGCAGCAGUCGAGGAGAUUCGUAGCCCCGUUGGGGAUGCAAAGGCUGUCAAAAACGAAACUGAAAUGGAAGGAAUGCGGGCCUGCCAUAUCAGAGACGGUGCUGCCCUCAUCCAGUACUUUGCGUGGCUCGAGGACCAGCUUGUCAACCAAAAAGUUGUGCUGGACGAAGUACAAGCUGCUGAUAAGCUAGAAGAAUUGCGGUCGCAGAAGGAGCACUUUGUCGGAUUAUCAUUCCCGACAAUAUCAUCGACUGGCGCGAACGCGGCUGUGAUUCACUAUGGUCCUGAACGUGGAAACUGCGCUACCAUUGACCCCAAUGCUAUCUACCUAUGUGAUUCAGGGGCUCAGUACUUGGAUGGCACAACGGAUACUACACGGACACUACACUUUGGGCAGCCCUCGGAAGCUGAACGAGAGGCUUACACGCUCGUUCUUAAAGGAAACAUAGCCUUGGAUGUAGCUAUUUUCCCCAAGGGGACGACAGGAUUUGCUCUUGAUUCUCUAGCCAGACAACAUCUCUGGAAAGCGGGAUUGGACUAUCGACAUGGCACUGGCCAUGGCGUGGGAUCAUUCCUGAAUGUCCAUGAAGGCCCAAUUGGCAUUGGUACUCGCAUCCAGUAUACCGAAGUGCCAUUAGCCCCUGGAAAUGUCAUAUCGAACGAGCCAGGAUAUUAUGAAGAUGGUAAUUUUGGCAUUCGAAUCGAGAACAUCGUUAUGGUUAAAGAGGUUGAGACCAAACAUUCCUUUGGAGAUAAGCCAUUCCUUGGUUUCGAGCACGUAACCAUGGUACCUUAUUGCAGGAGCUUGAUAAAUGAGAGUAUGCUCACGGAGGAUGAGAAGGCUUGGUUGAAUGCGUCCAACGCAGAAAUUUUGGAGAAGACCAAGGGAUACUUUGAGGGAGAUGCCAUUACGACAGCCUGGUUGGAACGAGAAACCCGGCGCAUUGAGUAG